UCUUGAUAUUUCUUCAAUCCGUGCAAAAACUAAUAUGAAUUCUCAGUACAUUUUUGUUUCAUGCUACUCGCUAUUCGCUACUAAAACAAACUAAAGAGUAGUGAAAAAUUUACGGUUUAUAACAAAUCUAAAAUCUACGUCCGCAGCAGAUACUAUGGAUUUUCAAAAUCUGCAGUAAACAGAAGCACAAAUGGAUACUCUAAUAUAAAGUGGGCAAAUCAGCUUCUCAAGAGGUGCGUAGUGUUAGAAGAUAUCGAGGAAUUGAAUGGCUAUGUACUACUACGCAAGCAAACUUAAUGAGGCGUCAUGUAGCGGGUGCUCGGUGAAGGUGCCUCCAGUCAGUGAGACCGCAGCCUCUUCCACGGACCUUGUGCCCCUCACUGCUGACCCCACAUUACUGCACGGCUCUGGAUUGUCAUAUUAUGAUAAUGAUGAUUACUACUCAAUGGUAAGAGGCAACAAACUGAUGUCGGAGUCAAGCUGCAAGCAUAUGGUCAUGAAUGGAGGACUCGCAUUUAUGUCUGCACAGAAAGUGGAGCCUGGACAGAACCAGGGUAAUGGCGGGUUGGGCGUAGGCGUGGGUAUGGGCGUGGGCGUGGGCGAGGAGACGGAGUACCGCGACGGGCAGCUGGUGAGCGCCAGCGUGGAGGCGCUGGUGGAGAUGCUGCGGCCCAGCGCGCCGCCCUCCUUCACGUUCACAUUCCUGCUCUGCUCGCGCCUCUUCCUUAAGCCGCAUGAGCUCCUCGCUAACCUCUGCAAGAGAUAUUUCAAGAAUUAUGACAAACCAGGCAAGUUGGAUGAAAGCUUGGAGUGUCCGGAGAAGGAUCUAGCAGACAUGGGCUCGCUGGUGCGUGUGCUCACACAGUGGACGGGAAUGUUCCCCUACGACUUCCGCGACGACCGCGUCAUGGCGCUUGUCAGGACUAUCACACAGAGGUGUGCGUCGGAUGAGAUGUCUGGUGUGCGUGCGGAGGUGUCGCGCACACUGGAACGCCUACUGGACCGACUCACUGCACUGGAACAGUAUGAACAGGCGCUGCCGGAGCCCGCGCCCCUCUGCACUGUAGAACAACUGCCGCAGGGAGAUAUUUUGACACUCGGUCUGUCGCCGGUCGAGUUAGCGCGUCAGCUGACCGCUGUGGAGCUGUACCGGCUGUCGUUCGUGGGCCCCGAGGAGUUCCUACAGGCCUUCGCCACACCAUCCGCCAAGAGCCCCGCAGCGCCCAAGACGACACGCAACCUGGAGGCCUACGCUGACUGGUUCAACAGGCUUAGCUAUCUCGUUGCUACUGACAUCGUUAAGCCGGUGAAGAGCAAACAUCGUGCGCGUCUGCUGGAGCAGUGGGUGACAACAGCAAGAGAGUGCUUCAACCUCGGCAACUUCAACUCCCUCAUGGCCAUCAUCAGCGCACUCAAUAUGGCACCCAUCGCCAGGCUCAAGAAGACGUGGAGUCGCGCUUCCGCAGUAUGCGGCCAGCAGCUGCGCCAGUUGGAACUUUGCGUCGAACCUGGAGGCAAUCACGCCAGGUAA